AAAAAAAAAGAAAUCGAAAAAAAUUGAAAAAAAAGAAAUCGUAAAAACGAGAGGUUUAAGUUUUUGUAUAAUGUCUGGAAAUUACAAUUAUUCAAAUUUUCGAGAGUGGAUGUAUAAGAGGAUCGAUGAGGAAACAGGAAAAUUUUCGGAAGAGUUCAUAGCGGGGGUGGAACAAUUUAUGACAUUCGCAAACAGCCAGUCUCUAACACAGAGCAAUGGUGGUAAGUUUUUCUGUCCGUGUGCUGUUUGUCAAAACGAUAAAUUUCUCCCGGGAACAAAAAUUUGGAGACAUAUAUAUAAUAGAGGAUUUAUGCCAGACUAUUAUGUUUGGUAUAAACAUGGAGAAGAAAUUGAUAUCGCAUUAGGAACGAGUUAUGUUGACCCGACACAUUUAAGUGGUAGUGAUCAAGAAGUUGAUAAUGAGGAUAAUUAUGUGGAUAUGGUGAAUGAUGCAUUUCGGGAUAAUGUGAGUUUUGAAAACUAUCAACAGAAUGAUAGUUUUCAGAAUGUAGUAGACCCGCAACGCAACCAUUCGAAGAAGUUCUACGAUUUGUUAGAAGGAGCACAAAAUCCUUUGUAUGAUGGUUGUCGUGAAGGGCAGUCACAAUUAUCCUUAGCUGCUCGGGUCUUGCAAAACAAGGCAGAUUAUAAUCUGAGUGAAAAAUGUGUGGAUUCAGUAUGUCAAAUGUUGACAGACUAUUUACCAGAAGGAAACACAGCAAUUGAUUCACACUACGAGACCGAGAAGUUGAUGCGCAAUUUAGGGCUCCCAUAUCAUGCAAUUGAUGUUUGUAUUAAUAAUUGUAUGAUCUUCUGGAAAGAAGAUGAAAAAUGGGAAGAGUGUCAAUUUUGUGGUGCAGCAAGAUGGAAGCCUAAAGACAAAAGACGCAGAACCAAAGUACCAUAUAGUCGUAUGUGGUAUCUACCUAUAGCUGACAGGCUGAAGAGAAUGUAUCAGAGCAAGAAGACAGCAGCAGCAAUGAGAUGGCAUGCUGAGCACAAAGCAAAGAAGGGGGAAAUGUGUCAUCCAUCUGAUGCGGCGGAAUGGAAAAAUUUUCAAGAUAUACAUCCCAAGUUUGCCGAAGAACCUCGUAACGUUUAUCUUGGAUUAUGUACUGAUGGAUUCAAUCCAUUUGGGAUGUCUCGUAAUCAUUCAUUGUGGCCCGUGAUCCUGACUCCAUAUAAUCUACCCCCUGAUAUGUGCAUGAAUACAGAGUAUUUGUUUCUUACAAUUCUGAAUUCUGGACCAAAUCAUCCGCGAGCUAGUCUUGAUAUCUUCCUUAAACCUUUGAUCGGCGAGUUAAAAGAAUUGUGGUCAACUGGGGUUGAAGCAUACGAUGUGUCAUUGAAUCAAAAUUUUAAUCUAAAAGCUGUGUUACUAUGGACGAUAAGCGAUUUUCCAGCGUAUGGUAUGCUAUCAGGAUGGACGACCCAUGGUAAAUUGGCUUGUCCAAUUUGCAUGGAAGAUACAAAGGCUUUUUAUCUACCUAAUGGAAGAAAGACGUGUUGGUUUGAUUGUCACCGCAGAUUUCUUCCUCAUGAUCAUCCACUAAGGAAAAAUAGAAAGGACUUCUUGAAGGGCAAAAGCGCGGUAAAUGAAUUUCCACCUGAUUCUUUGACUGGUGAGCAAGUUUAUUCAGAGCGGUUAUCGGGUGUCAAUCCACCGAAAACUAGCGUUUGCGGUGGAAAUGGUCAUGAAAAGAAGAAGCCAGGUUAUGGGAAGUAUCAUAACUGGCACAAGGAAAGCAUUUUUUGGGAGUUGCCAUACUGGAGGGAUCUGAUACUCCGACAUAAUCUUGAUGUGAUGCAUAUAGAGAAGAAUUUUUUUGACAACAUCAUCAAUACUCUUAUGAAUGUCAAGGGCAAAUCGAAAGACACAAUUAAGUCAAGAUUGGAUAUGGCAAUAUUUUGUGAUCGGCCACACUUACAUGUUGAUACUGCUGGUCAAGCUCCAUUUCCUCCUUACAUGCUGGACGAAGAUGAAAAAAAACGUUUAUUGGAAUGUGUGAAACAUGCAGUUAAAUUCCCAGACGGAUAUGCUUCAGACUUAGCUAAUUGUGUUGAUUUAGAGAACAAUAAAUUUUCUGGUAUGAAGAGUCAUGACUGCCAUGUUUUUAUGGAGCGGCUACUUCCGUUUAUCUUUUCAGAACUCCUAGACGAAAACGUUCAUCUUGCGCUUUCAGCGGUUGGAGUAUUUUUCCGCGACCUCUGCUCGAGAACCUUACAGAAAAAUCACGUCCAAAUGCUUAAACGGAAUAUUGUUUUGAUCAUCUGCAAUUUGGAGAAAAUCUUCCCACCAUCAUUUUUUGACGUCAUGGAGCACUUACCUAUACAUCUCCCCUACGAAGCUGAACUAGGAGGACCUGUGCAAUAUAGGUGGAUGUAUGUUCAUGAAAGGAAUUUCAAAAAAUUGAAAGCGAAAGCAAAGAACAAAAGAUUUGCGGCUGGCUCGAUUGUUGAGUCAUAUAUCAACGAUGAGAUAGCUUACUUCUCAGAGCACUACUUUGCUGACCAUAUACAAACGAAAUCAAGGUUCACAAGAUUUCAUGAAGGUGAAGUUCCCGUAUAUCAUGUUCCUGGAGUGCCAGAUAUAUUUACACAUGUAGGUCGUCCAAGUGGGGAAAUGCAAGAAAUAUGGCUUUCCGAGAAAGACUAUAGAUGCGCACAUGCAUAUGUUUUACGAAACUGUGAUUAUUUUCAGCCAUUUGAGAGGAUGUUUGAAGAUUUUCUUACUACCAAAUAUGCAGACCUCUCCGAAAAAGACCUCUCUGCGAAGAGAGCUGACGAAUAUCAUAUAUGGGUGAAAGAUUAUGUUAGCUAUUGGAGCAACACACAUCCCUUUCCUCAGUGGGUUAAAGAUAUUGCGAAUGGACCCGUGAAUAAGGUCAGAACAUGGCCCAUCUAUUUCACAAGAGGCUUUUUGUUCCAUACGGAGAAGCAUGGCGAGGGAAGAAAGACAUGUAACUACGGUGUGAGCGUUAAAGGAGAGAGUUACACAAAUGCAUCUGAUGAAGCUGAUUACUAUGGGAUCUUGACUGAUAUCAUACAAAUUCAGUAUGAGGGGUCAGUCGAUUUGAAAAUCACACUUUUUAAGUGUAAAUGGUAUGAUCCGUUAGUUGGUAGAGGCACUCGACGGAGCAAUGGUGGCAUCGUCGAUGUUCUUUCAUCGAGGAAAUACCAUAAAUACGAACCAUUUAUUCUAGCAUCUCAAGCAGAUCAAGUUUGUUAUAUACCGUAUCCGUACGUUAAGAAACCAAAACAGUUGUGGCUCAAUGUUUUAAAAGUGAAUCCGAGAGGAAUCAUUUCUGGAGAAUAUGAGAAUAAAGAACCGACAUUGUUGCAACAAGAAAAUGAUGAUGCUGUUUUAAUGACUACGGUUGAAGAUCUAGCAGUUGAUCAUUUGGUUCAUGCUCGGGUACAACCUAUUAAUCUCGAUUUUGAUGUGGAAGAUGUUGAACCAGAUGAUGAAUUUCGGUGUAAUAUAUCAUCCUCUUCUUCUGAUGAAGAUGCAGAAAUACCCUACUAAAAUAUAGUAUAAUUUUCUAAAUUUUGUUUUAAUAUGUAUUAUAUUUUUUUUAAAAUUGGUUUUAAUGUGUAUUGUAAUAUAAUUUUGUAAACUUUGUUUUAGUGUGUAUUGUAAUAUAAUUUUGUAAACUUUGUUUAA